AUGGAGCGAUGCAGGUGUAAGCAAGGCCUCAACCCAGGCCUCCGCGUUAGGGUCUGUGUCUUUGGGGACGACCCUGAGCUGGAGCAGGGCAUGGCCACCUGUCCAUCCGGGUCGGGGGCCCAGCUGGAUGGUUGCCAGCAGGACGCUGCGGGGCCCCCUCCCCCGAUCUGUGAUGAUCUCCUGCAGGAAGUGCACUGCUCCUACAGGUUAACUUCAGAAUGCCUUGGUAGCAACAGCCGGGAAGAUCAGCCCAUCUACUUGGCGGUGAAGGGAGUGGUGUUUGAUGUCACUUCCGGAAAGGAAUUUUACGGGCAAGGAGCCCCCUACAAUGCCUUGACCGGGAAGGACUCCACCAGAGGAGUGGCCAAGAUGUCACUGGACCCUGCAGACCUCACUCAUGACACUGCGGGGCUCACGGCCAAGGAGCUGGAGUCCCUGGAAGAGGUCUUCACCAAGGUGUACAAAGCCAAGUACCCCAUCGUCGGCUACACGGCCCAGAGGAUCCUCAACGAGGACGGCAGCCCCAAUCUGGACUUUAAGCCUGAAGACCAGCCCCAUUUUGACAUCAAGGAUGAGUUCUGAUGUCUCGCUGUGGGGUGGCUUUCUGGGCGGGUGAGGUUGGGACAGGCACUAAAUCUCCUACAGAACAGGCUGCCUGGAGGUGUCAAGUCACCCGGAUCUGAAUAAAGCAGACUUUCACCAGAACAGCAGCUGCCUUUUCGUCCUCAUCAGGAGCUCUGUCCACCCCAGUGUCCCUGCCCACACACCGGCAGGGUCCUCAUCAUAGCCCCAGCCAGAAACCUCCGAAUGGCAGCAUCUGGGCCCUAGAUUUUGAGUGACCUUUGUUUCUUCUUUAUACUUUUCUGUACUUGCCAGAUUUUUUACUGCGGUCCCAUUUAUACUGAGAACAAAAAUAAACUUCCUGUUGAAACAAAGAGAAUCCU